AUGUCAUCACCUCAAGAAGCCAUUUCACUAGCGACACUUCUAAUCCAAAAAUGCACUUCCAUCAACUCCCUCAUAAAAGCCCGUCAACUCCAUGCUCGAGUCAUCACUGCCACACCCCCAAUCCGAAAAUCUCCUUACCUAAACAACAAUCUCCUCUCGAUGUAUUCAAGAUGCGGUUCCCUCUUACACUCACACAUUGUGUUCGACGAAAUGUCUCAAAGAACCAUCGUCUCUUAUAACGCCCUCAUUGCUGCCUAUUCUCGCAGUCGCAACAACGCCCAUAUAGCAUUUGACCUACUGAAGCAAUUAAACAUCGAAGGAUUCAUACCAAAUGGGCCUACUUUCACUAGCUUACUACAAGCAUCUUCUUCCCUUCAAGACCUUCUUCUAGGAUCUUCUUUACAUACACAGAUUGUAAAAUUCGAAUUCUUGAGUGAUACAUUAGUUCAAACUUCUCUUCUUGGUAUGUACUCCGAUUGUGGCGAUUUAGAGAGCUCAAAGAAGGUUUUCAGUUGUAUACUCAAAAAAGAUGCCAUGGCUUGGAAUUCCAUCAUAGUUGGACACAUGAAAAAUGAAAAGAUCAUUGAAGGACUUUAUUUCUUUAGAGAAAUGAUUAAUUCUGAGUCUUUUCCUACUCAAUUCACGUAUUCAAUGGUACUCAACGCUUGUAGUAAAUUACAACACCAUAACAUCGGACAACUCACUCAUGCGAAAGUAAUUAUAUCCGGAUUACCCACGGAUCUUCCAUUGCUUAAUGCGUUGCUAAACAUGUAUUCCAAUUGUGGGGACACCAAAACAGCACUCAAAGUUUUUGAUAACAUCGAGAAACCAGAUUUAGUCUCAUGGAACUCGAUAUUAUCCGGGUUAUCUUCAAAUGGAGACAAGGACAAAUCAAUCAAAAUGUUUAUCCACUUUUCCAAAGUUUCUUAUGUUAAACCCGAUGACUACACAUUCGCCAUUAUCAUCUCUGCAACUCGAUCAUUACCUUCUUGUAACUACGGAAAACCACUCCAUGCCCAAAUUGUCAAAUUAGGGUUUGAUUCAAACGUGUACAUUGCAAGCACAUUGGUGUCGAUGUAUUUUGAUAAUUUAGAUAUCGAAUCUACUCAAAAGCUUCAAAGUUCAAUCCCGAUUAAGGAUGUGGUUUUCUGGACAGAAAUGAUCACGGGUUAUGCUAAAACGGGUGAUGGUUCUCACGCAAUCAAAUGCUUCCAUGAAAUGUCACAAGAACACAAGAUCGAUAGCUUUGCGAUAAGUAUUGUGUUAAGUGCAUGUGCGGAUCUUGCUUCUAAUAAUCAAGGAGAGAUGAUUCAUUGUAGUUCAAUUAAACUCGGUUUGAAUAUAGAAAUGUCGGUUUUUGGUAGCUUGAUCGAUAUGUACGCGAAAUCCGGUGACCUAAAAUCGGCGGAAUCGGUUCUUUCCGAGAUCAAAACCCCAGAUUUGAAAUGUUGGAAUUCGAUUCUCUCGGGGUAUGGCCACCAUGGGAAAGUGGAGAAAGCGUUUAUGAUCUUUGAUGAGAUAGUGAAACGAGGGUUAAUCCCAGAUGAAGUGACGUAUCUUUCCAUGCUUUCUACGUGUAAUCAUUGUGGUUUGAUCGAUAAAGGGAGGUUGUUAUGGAGUUCGAUGAAGGAAAACGGUUUGAUUCGUGGAAGUAAACAUUAUUCUUGUUUUGUGGGUUUGUUAAGUCGUGCGGGGUUACUUGAAGAAGCUGAGGAGAUGAUUAUGGAAAUCGAUGAAUGUAAUCUUGAAAUGUGGAGGAGUUUAUUGAAGUCGUGUAUUGAUAGGAGGAAUGUUGAAGUGGGAAGUCGUGUGGUUGAUAGGAUUAUGGAGAUUUGUGAAGAAAAUCUUGCUACGAAUGUGUUGGUGACGAGUUUUUAUGCGUUAAUGGGACGAUGGGAUGAUGUUGCAAAUAUGAGGAGGAAGAUGAGAGAUGUGGGUGAGAAAGAUGCGGGGUUGAGUUGGAUUGAGUUGUGGAGGAGUACACAUGUUUUUUGUUCGGGAGAUGAGACUCAUCCGAAGGUUGAUGAAUUACGAGACGAAUUGGUGUCAUUGCAAAUGAAUUUGAUGAAAUGUGAAGAAGAUAGUGUUCGAUUGUUAGAUAUGUGA